CAGCCACAUGAGGAGUACGCAGGUCCACGCGCUCACGCUGCUUGUCGCUGUGGCCAUCGGCCUCUACUCGAUCUCGCCUCCGACGCUUGUCGACUACAAGCACCUCAUCGCCUCUCUCUUGGCACCGGCGAUUCAUUUCGAGGUGGAUCCUGCCUUCAAUGUAUCCGCGUGCAAGGCUGCCGCCGCUCCGCACUUGUCCAACACCACGUUCGUCCGCGGCUUCCACGUCCUCUGCCUCGCAGCCACGGCCAACAACACGAUCCAAGGGCUCGUGUACGAGGACGGUGUUCUUGGGUACCCUUCGUACUACACGACAGCGCGCGACAUCCACGAGCUGCUGCGUGCGCUUCCAAGGUCAAGCUUUGAGGACGUGGAUGACGUGCAGUGGAAGCAGCCGCCUCAGUUUUACGCCCCCGACGGCGAAUUGCUCACGAUCAUCGACCAGCUGCUCGACUACAACAUCGUGUACCUCUUUGAAGGCGGCCAGUUUAUCUGGCCGGGGCUCUGCGUGGGACAUCGGCGGGUUGUACCCGACCUCCCAGGGCUCGGUGAUGUCGUGCUGGAGACGCUGUCCAUGCAGCCGCUCGUGCUGGCCGUCGACCGAUUUCUUCACAACGACGAAAUCGACGCCAUUGUCGAGCUCGCACUGCCCCACCUUGCCGCCUCCACGGUCAAGCUCCAAGACGGAGACGAAGACAAGCCCGCGUCCGAGUGGCGCACGAGCUCCCAGUACUUUCUUCCAUCGACCGAGAGUCCGAUUUUGGCGCAGAUCGACGACCGUGUCGAAGCGCUCGUCAAGGUGCACAAGACGCACCAGGAGCCAGUCCAAGUUCUUCGCUACGAAAAAACGCAGAAAUACGACCACCACACCGACUAUUUUGACGCCAAUAUGUACGACAACAGCCCAGAGUUUCAAGAAUACCUCCAUCACGGCUUCAAGAACCGCAUGAUCACAGUCUUUUGGUACAUGUCGGACGUCGCGGACGGCGGCCACACGGCGUUUCCCCGCGCCGGCGGCCGUCCACAGCCCGACUCGAUGACCGACUGCACGAAAGGCCUCCUUGUCGCCCCCAAGAAGGGCAAGGUGAUCGUCUUUUACAGCAUGCUCCCGGAUGGAUCCCUCGACCCAAUGAGCCUCCAUGGCGGGUGCCCCGUCCGCGACGGCGUCAAGUACUCGGGCAACAAGUGGGUUUGGAACAAGCCGCGGUAAACAACGGAAACACGGCGGUAGCAUUGAGCUACCGUCGUAUAGCCAGUGUCGAUGAAUGCUAACAUCUAUCUAUCUAUCUAUCUAUCUAUCU